AGUUGACCUAGUAAUGUGUUGGUGGGUUCGAAUGUUUCGCACCGUGGCUUUUUGUAUUACCUAUUAACCCAGUUUGGCUGGAUUCCUUUUGCUUACGCGCUUGCAACGAUGUCUGAAAAAGUCAAGGAAGAUACUGCUGAUAAGGCUGUUGGGGAUGUUAAUAAGGAUUCUAUAACUAGUCAAGGCAAAAAGAAAGAUAAGAAGAAAACUGGUAAAGAGCAGAAGCAAACUAAAGAUGAUAUAAAAGAGAAAAAACUAUCGAAACAUGUCGCAAAGAUAAAAGAGGAUUUAGCCAGACAAAGAGAAGAAGAAGAACGACUCAAGCGAGAACAAGAAGAGGAGUUGCAGCGUCUUGAAAAAGAGCGCUUAGAGGAAGAGGCGAUCCUUGCAAGGGAAAAGGAGCUUAAACUGAAGAGAAAGCUGAAGGAAAAAGAAAGAAAACAACGUCUAAAGGAAGAGGGAAAGUUGUUGACCGAUAAACAAAAAGAAGAUCGACGCAAAGUAAUGGAGUUACUGCAGGCACGCGGUAUUGCGAUCCCAGAUGAUAAGUCUGAAGCUAAGAAAAAACCGCAGUAUGGAAAACUUAAAAAGAGAACCACACAAGUAAAACAGGAAGUUGAAGUUGUGGAUACACAAGCAGAAGUUGAGGUUGAAAAUAAUGAAAUAUCGACUGAGGAGUUAAGUUGUUGGGAGAUGUUGGCUGAUACUCACUUAAAAUCUGCAAGUGAAGAAAGUUCUGAAGAAACCGAAGACUAUCUAAUCAUUGAUAAAAAUCCCAGUCAUUCUGAUCAGGUGGAAACACCAGCUGCUAAUGACGAUGAUUUACCUGAAGAGGAGAAAGCUAGGUUGAUAGAGUUGGCUAGGCUACGCAUAAAGUUACGUCAUGAAGCAUACGAAGCUGAGCGCAGUGAACUCAACCUACGAGCUGGCGUUAUUUGUGUUUUGGGUCAUGUCGAUACAGGAAAAACUAAAAUCUUGGACAAACUAAGGAACACCCACGUUCAGGAUAGAGAGGCUGGCGGAAUUACUCAGCAGAUCGGUGCAACUAAUGUACCACUUGAAAACAUACUAACGGCUACGCGCAUGUGUCCAUACUUAAAUCCUUCGGAAUUACGUAUACCUGGUUUGCUUAUAAUUGACACACCUGGUCACGAGUCUUUCAGCAAUCUCCGUGUUCGCGGGUCAUCUCUCUGUGAUAUAGCUAUAUUGGUGGUUGACUUAAUGCAUGGGUUAGAGGAACAAACAAAAGAAUCGAUCAAAAUUUUGCGAUCACGCCGAACUCCCUUCAUUGUCGCUCUCAAUAAAGUCGAUCGAUUAUAUGGAUGGAAGUCUGAUCCGGAAACUUGUAUCGAGGAGGUCGUAAAAUCUCAAAAUUCUAUCACUCAAAAUGACUUAGAUGACCAUUUGAAGAAGGUGGUCCAAGAUUUUGCAAUGAUGGAAUUGAAUGUUGAGUUGUUUUACAAAAAUACUCAACCUGAAGAAUUUGUUAGUAUGGUACCGACAUCUGCUCACACUGGUGAUGGAAUGGGUGAUCUUCUUUCAUGUUUAUGUUUAUGCUUACAGAACAGGCAUAGCAAGAGGUUGGCGUACACAGAAGAGUUGAGUGCUUCGGUUAUGGAGGUUAAAGAAAUUCAUGGCUUAGGCACUACAAUUGAUGUAAUUGUUGUUAAUGGUCGACUUCAUGAAGGCGAUACUAUCGUCUUAGCUGGCCAGGAAGGUCCUAUAUGUACUCAAAUUCGUGGUAUUCUCCAACCUUCUCCAAUGUCUGAGCUUCGUGUCAAAGGAACGUACAAUCAUCUGAAAGAAGUUAUGGGUGCUCAAGGUGUGAAGAUUAUCGCCAAAGAUUUAGAGAAAGCACUAGCAGGUCUUCCACUUUAUGUGGCAAAUGGAUUAUCAGAGGAAUUGUAUUACAAGGCAGAAGUGCGUCAAGGUUUAGAACAUGCCUUAGAAGCUAUUUCUGUUAGUCCUCUAGGUGUGUAUGUUGUUGCUAGUACACUUGGAUCAUUGGAAUCUUUAUUGGUCUACUUGAAAUCCAUUGAUAUACCGUAUUCAGGUAUCAAUAUUGGUACAGUGCAUAGAAGAGAUGUCAUGAAAGCAUCGGCUAUGUGUGAACGUGAACCGAAAUGGGCAGUUAUUUUGGCAUUUGAUGUACGAGUUGAUAAAGAUGCAAGAAAGUUGGCUACACAAUUGAAUAUGAAAAUUUUCACUUCAGAAAUUAUUUACCACCUUCAAACUCAAAUGGAUAAAUAUAUGCUCGAUUUGAAGACAGGAAAUCAACGUAAACAUCGUGAUUUGGCUGUGUUCCCUUGUAAACUACGUAUAUUACCUGAAAUGAUAUUCAAUAAACGUGCUCCAAUUGUUGUUGGUGUUCGUGUUGAAGCUGGUGUAGUACGUGUUGGUACUCCUAUUUGUGUACCCAGUCGUGAAUGUGUUCAUCUAGGACGUAUAUUCUCCAUUGAAAGUAAUCAUAAACCUGUAGAAGAAGCACGUACCGGCAUGGAGGUUUGUGUGCGUAUUGAUCCGACUGAUGGUGAAACUCCUAAACUGUAUGGACGACAUUUCGAUCUAAACGAUUUAUUAGUUUCAAAGAUAAGCCGAGAAAGUAUUGAUGUAAUGAAAGAAUACUUUCGUUCUGAUUUGAAAAAAGAAGAUUGGAAGCUAAUGAUCGAAUUGAAAGAAGCUUUGGAUAUUUCUUAGUUUUCAAAACUUUACUGCCACGCAACAAAGUCAAGCAAUGUUAUUUUUAUUGUGUUUCUAUACACAUACGUUGUUGAUCACUUAUUAGAUUCCGAUUGGUUCGGGUAUCUUUUUUUGAAAUUUUGAAUAGUUAUCUAAUUUAUUUUAUUGUCUGAUCCUGUCGACGAGAAGUUCCAGUCGCUUAUUCUCUUCCUUUUUUGAAAGUUCCACGAGACUCGACACUUACUACUAUUAUUAUUAUCAGUAAUCUGCACAAUAUCGACUAUUAAACUAAAAAUUUUUUUAUAUGAAAUGUUAUUCUUGACAGAACGGAAUUUCCAUGUGUAUAAAUAGGUAUAUAUUAUUGUAUAAAUAUGUUGGUUAUAUAUUUUGAUGUGUAAAGUAAAUCAGUCACUUAGACUUUAAAUAAAUAACUCGGUAUCAAUACUGA